UAUUAGAUUUUGUUAGUUUAUUAAAAAUUCACUGCUUUGUUUGCCAUUCUGAACAAUUUAUGAGUGCUUAUGAACUUGAACUUUCUGGAAAAGCUGCUGACUUUGCAGUAAAGAAGUAUCAUUCUCAUUGUCAAAUUUUAGAACAAGUUCUUGAAGAAUUUGCUUAUGAUUAA